UUUCGUUUCUUCGGUUGGUUCACCAGCAAUGCACGCAUGUGAGAACGAGUUAGAAAACAUCUGGAAGACGUUGCGGGCUGGGUUAUUUCCGAAUGCCGGCAGAGAAGUAGGGGGCGAUUUGAAGAAAAAUUGAAAUUUUGUAAAGUAUAAUUUUUUCCAGAAAAAUAAUUUCAGUAUUUCUCAGGUGGAAUCCUAGAGAAAAAAAUAUAAAGAUGGGGGAAACGAAAAUUUCGAAAAGCUGCUUUUCUUUUAGCUGGGCGGUGGAUGGCCGUAGCGGUCAAAAUUGCGACCUCGGUGUUAAAAAUACAACAACCAAAGGGAAAUGGACAAAUCUGCCGCUAUCUAUCUAUCUGUCUGUCUGUCAAUCAAUUAAUCAUUCAGAUCAAUAAUACCAAUACUCUAUUUCAAAAGGCGGUGUUUGGUAACUCCUAUCUCAACCUCAUGGGGAAGAAAAACACCGAGAAAUUGGGAAUUUUUUUCUCCCCUUCAUUUUUGUAUCUUUCUGUUUCUAUUUCAUUCAACGGAAUUUAUAACUUUACCUCUAAAUUUUCAAUUUUACUCCAUCAAUUCACUACUUUUUUUCCUUUCCCGUGAGACAGAAAUAAUUAUUCCGAAACUCCGUCUUUUGAAGUGAUUAUUAUGUUUUCUAAUCGACCAACUUCGUUUCAGCGACUUUCAAAAUGGUAAAAUGUUAGCGAUUUGUCGGAGAUUUUCUGGAGGUGAUUUUCUUAUUAUUCCUCGAAAUAAUCAAUUUAAACGAUUCCUAAAACAACAAAAGAAGAAAAAGAAAGAAAUAUUUAAACUUUCAUCUUCUCCUCCUAAAUCUAUCACUCGAGACUGGAUUGGCCCACCUGAUGGAAACUCCAACUUACGCCCUACCCACUUUUAUGUCCCUCCCGAUGAAUCAAAUGUAGAGAAAGACUUGAGACUGAAGAAAGUUGAUUUACAAACCUUUAAUCAUGACUUCUGGACAAGACAAAAUAUCACAUUUUUUAAGAGAAAAGCUCAGUUUAUUCACAUGGAAUUAGAAAGGAAAAAGCAAAUAGAUUCUGACAACAAAAAUAAGAAAAGUUUGUCUCCUGAAGAAAUGGCUGUGUUUUAUAAACAGUUCCUGGAAGAAAAUUAUCAGAAUAAUUUGAAAUAUCACAGAGCAUGGUAUAAAAAGAACAUCUUUCUACUUUGGCCAGCCCUGAAGGUUGCUGUUCAUAAUCUCUUUAAAAAAGCAAGAUUGAAAAACUGAAUUGAAAAACUGCCAGACUUUUUUUUUAGCAAAGAUUAUUUUAUUUGAUCUCUUGUAUUAUGAAUCAAACAAGUUUUAUUUAUAAAUAUGUUUAAUAAAGAUGUUAUAUUUGUUAUAA